GGGCGGUUCCCGGAAGGAAAGGCCACAGAUCCCAAGAAGAAGAAGAAGAAGACGAAGAAGAAGGAGAAGAAGGUGAAGAAGAAGGAGCAGAAGAAGAAGAAAAAAGGAAGGACCAAGAAGAAGAAAUCGUCAGAUGAGAGCAGCCAAAGAAGAAAGUGACUUCCCCUGGCUUGGUCUCCUCUUCCUUUUGGCUCCUGCCUUAACUGAACCCGGCCACCCCACCACUGAUUCUUCUACCUUCCCCCACCCCGAAUAAAGCUCCACCUAUGGCCGGACGAGGCGGACCGGCGCGGACCAAUGGCGCCGCAGCGGCCAGCAACAAGAUCUGCCAGUUCAAGCUGGUGCUUUUGGGUGAGUCGGCGGUGGGCAAGUCCAGCCUGGUGCUGCGCUUUGUCAAAGGCCAGUUCCACGAGUACCAGGAGAGCACCAUCGGAGCGGCCUUCCUCACACAGACCGUAUGCUUGGAUGACACAACGGUCAAGUUUGAAAUCUGGGACACUGCAGGCCAGGAGCGCUAUCACAGCUUGGCGCCCAUGUACUACAGAGGCGCCCAGGCAGCCAUUGUUGUGUAUGACAUCACCAACACAGACACUUUCACACGUGCAAAGAACUGGGUGAAGGAGCUGCAGCGACAAGCCAGCCCAAACAUUGUUAUUGCUUUGGCAGGGAAUAAAGCAGACCUAGCCAACAAGAGAGCUGUUGAUUUCCAAGAGGCGCAAGCGUACGCAGAUGACAACAGUUUGCUCUUCAUGGAGACGUCGGCCAAGACUGCCAUGAAUGUGAAUGAGAUUUUUAUGGCUAUAGCUAAGAAGCUCCCUAAGAACGAGCCGCAGGGCGGCGCGGGAGUCGCCGGCCGUGCCCGGGGGGGCGUGGACCUACAGGAGGCGGCGCCCCAGGGCCGCGGCAGCCAGUGCUGCGGGGGUGGCGGCGGGGGCAACUAACCCUCUCGAGGCUUCCUUCGCGUCAGUUGAGUCUAGCCACUUAUCAGUUUGGAUGAUGCGGACCAGAUAGGAUUAGCCAACUGUCAAACAAUGUCACGGCGUUGGGACCAAAACACGGCGGAAAUUACAAACUGUGUAUGGCCGAUGACCUCAUCGGCCCAGCGACCAAUCAUGUUUUAAAGGCCCCCCUCCAAACUCUCUUUUGAUGGUGGACACUUAGGGGAACGAACAUCCCAGUCAUGGUAUUAUAAAAAACAAAACAAAAAAAUCUUCAAAGCUCACUUUGGUUUCUGUAUUUGUGUAGAAAAAAAAAUAUUUAAAAAAUAAUGCAGCAAGAAGGAAUGAAAUUAAGAAGACAGGCAGACGUCCUUCUUGGUAGAACUGUGUAGCUGCGAUAUUGUCCUCUUAUAACUUCUGUUGGACACCUUAUGAUUUGUUUAUUUUUAGACUACCCAAAAAUCACCCUACUAUAUAAAUAAUAAUAGUUCCUUAACAUCACCCAUACGUAGUUUGAGCAUUAAACAUCAAUAACAACUAAGAUUGGUUUUCUUUGUAUUUGUAUGGCUAUUUGUGGGGUUUACAACCAAUCAGAAGCAAACAUCUUCCCCAUCUGUCUCUGCAUUAUUUUCUGUUUCUUUUGUUUUUGUUCUAUGUCUUAAUUUUUUUUUUUUGAACAUAUGGUAUUAAAUGCACUGGUUCUGUCUCAUCUUUGUGAGUAUA